AUGCCGAGGACAACUCCUGCGAUUCUUGGGGACGACUGCCCUGAUUGCAUUCUGGUCAAUGUCCCCGGACGCCGGGUCCAGGAAGCCUUUAAAGUCAAGAAGAAGACUUUGGGAAAGGGCGGCUUUAGCACUGUAAAGCGUUUGAUCAAUAGAAGGACAGGUGCUGUCUGCGUCAUGAAAGAAGUCAACAAAAGCUCCGUUAACGACAUGCAGCUCUUGCGAGAGGAGGUGAAGCUUCAGGCCUCUAUGGACCACCCUCACAUAGCGCGGCUUUUUGAAACUUUUGAGGACCAAUAUCAUUUGGACAUCGUGAUGGAACUCUGCGAAGGAGGAGACGUCUUGCAUUUGAUCGAGAAAUCCGGCUGUUUGCCACAGGGCCAAGCCCAAGACAUUUUCCGACAGCUGAUGUGCGCGCUAAGCUACAUGCACCACAGCCACGUUGUGCACCGAGAUAUUAAACCGGAGAAUCUGGUUUUGAAAGAGCGUCAGACAGCCGGCGAGAGGCUGACCAUCAAGCUGAUCGACUUUGGCUUUGCCCGCAAGUUUGAAGACGGAGUUCGAUUGAAAUCAAUCUGUGGCACGCCUCUGUAUGUUGCUCCCGAGGUGUUUAGUGCUAGCUAUUCCGAAAAGUGUGACAUUUGGAGUAGCGGUGUCACCCUACAUUAUAUGAUUGUUGGGAGGCCCCCUUUUGAAGGAGAAGAUGUUGAUGUGAUUUUGCGGAAGGCUCGAAAGGGUGUGCAUCUGUCAGACACGGUGAGCCGACUAGGAGAGUCAAUACCCCCGGCUGCGAGUCAGCUCCUUGUAGAAAUGUGCGAGCUUUCGGAAUACAAGCGCCCUUCGGCGCACAUGAUUCUCUUACAGAGCUCGUGGCUUCAAGGAGAGGUUGUCAGUGGGGAAGCCACUGAAACAUCAGACGAGAUUGCAAGCAACCUGCGCAGGUAUAGUGUUAUGAACCCGUUGAAGAAAGCUGCAUUAAACACACUCGUGCAUGUUAUCGAUGACUCCGACUUGCAGCGCCCGCGUGAGACUUUCGAGAGCUUGGACACGCGAGGCGAAGGAAGCAUUCCCUUGGACACGCUGCGAAAAGCCAUUUCGGAAUCAGCCCUUGGACAGGACGCAGACAGCAUAUGCAGUAGCUUGGAUGCGGGUGGUGUCAACCAGAUGGACUACAGUAACUGGCUGUCCGCAAAUGUUAAGCCACAGCAAUAUUUGAAGCAAGGAUACAUCUGGGAGGCCUUUCGCAUUCUCGACAAGGAUAGCAGUGGCAAGAUAUCUGCGCCCGAGCUGCAGCAGGUCUUGGCGAGAGCUGCCCCGCAGCUGGACGAGGCCGAGAACGGUGAUGGCGAGAUGGACUUCGAAGAGUUCCAAGACAUGCUGCGGGCAUCCUCCUCAUCUCACGAUGAUACUGCGCGAAUGGCCUCCAGACGGUCCUUUCGUUUGAAGACCAUUCCGUAA